UGUAAUAAGUCGUUCCGUGACUUAAGAGACUUAAAACGACACCAGAGAGCCCAUACGGGGGACAAAAGAUACAGUUGUGAUUGGCCGGGAUGUGAGUACAGGUCGACAGAUGUGGCAAAUCUGGCCAAACAUAAGCGCACACAUACGGGAGAGCGUCCCUACAAAUGCGACUGGGCUGGAUGUGAGGCUUCAUUCGCCGACGGCUCUCAUCUGCGAAGACAUCAGAAGAAACACGAGAAUCAGAUGACAAAACUGACGAAAGCGCCGGCAACGGGACCGAAGAGGCGUCUCUCGGCUCCUAAGACUACUUCACUGAUGAAAACGCGUCAACAGCCCGGCCGAAGAGCAAAGGGCCCGCGACUGCCCAUCGAAUGCAAACUGGAUGUCCCUCAAGAUGUGAUGACCGAUGGAAAGUCAGAAGCUUCGGUCAAUGAUCUGAACAAAUAUGCGCUCAAAAGUUGUCCAACAGUUGAGAACAAUAUUGACUCGAAUGUGAGUCAAAUAAACGCGGAAAAGAGCAACGAAUUGAUAGAAACGGCUAAUAAUAGUAGUGAUAACACAUCGAAAACCAUAAUAGAAAGGGUUGUUGAAAAUAAUGUCAAUUCGAGGCUAAUUCAGGAGCAGAACAAUAGUGCCAUCGAUUCCAACACAAACAAUGAACCAAAAGAACUAAUUAAUAACAACUCGAAUGUCAUGAACCGAAUGGACAUGAAUUCGGUUGCAUUGGAUGAGUCGAAUAGAGGAAACAUUAGUUCCGGCGUUAGUGACCAACAAAUGAAUUUAAUGAGUGAAGAGGACAGAGAUUGUGAAUACAUACCAACACUUAUUUCAAACACAGAACAACACCUCAAUUCUAGUCCACUUCCAGAAACUACAAACAAAGAACCACUUCCGAGGUAUUCAGAUAUGCAGACCUUAUAAGCCGAUUGACUAAACGUUGCAUUAUUUAUAAAUUUAACAUUAAUAUGGAUGCUCUUCAGCACUCUUCUGAUAUUUAUUAAUAUGUGAUUAAGUAAUGACUACAGAAUAACUUGAGCUCAAGAUCUAUACCGUAUGGCUUCCAUUGACCUCUACUUUCUUAAUAUUUUGUACUUAAAGCGUAACUUUACAUCAUUUUAGCCCUC